UUUUCGGUUUAAUGAUCCGAAAGAACCCUAAACCCCAAAACCUCAUUUCACUUUCCGAGACCUCAGUAGCUCCACUGAUCCUCCCAGUGCCAAGCCAGUCCGCCACCGCUGCCUCAUCGUCGGCCGCCUCUGAUCGCCGGAAAACAAGACCGGCAUCGACGAAGUUACCUCCAGCUCAGGAAAGCGAACGACGUCCGUGCAGAGGUAGCAGGAUAAGAAAGAAUGGUAUCUCCAAAGCUGAUGGUAAGCAUCCUUGAGUCAGUGCUUCUGGGGCCUUCCCCUCCCACAGCGGCCCAGCGAGUGGAGCUCCUGCAUGCCAUUCGCACUUCUCUCCCUUCAUUCCAAUCCCUCCUUUCCUAUCCUCCACCAAAGGCAUCUGAUCGAAGUCAAGUGCAGUCUAAAUCAGUUAGGCUUCCCGAUUCUCCACCUAUCUCUCUUGAUGACCAUGAUGUCCACAUUGCACUGAAACUGAGUGAUGAUCUCCAUCUCAACGAAGUCGAUUGUGUUCGCUUGCUAGUAUCGGCUAAUCAAGAGUGGGGCUUAAUGGGACGAGAACCACUGGAAAUUUACAGACUUGCAGCAGGACUCUGGUAUACAGAGAGAAGAGAUCUGAUUACAUCCCUUCAUUUGCUUUUACGGGCUGCGGUGCUUGAUCAGGGACUUGAGGACGAUAUAUUGGUUGACUUUCAAAAAUAUCUAGAAGAACUUAUCAAUUCUGGACUUAGACAGCGGUUGAUUUCUCUUAUCAAGGAGCUUAAUAGAGAAGAACCAUCUGGGUUGGGUGGUCCUCAGUGUGAGCGCUAUGUUCUUGAUUCGAGAGGUUCUCUUGUGGAGAGACGAGCAGUGGUUGCUAGAGAAAGACUUAUUUUGGGACAUUGUCUUGUCCUAUCAGUUCUGGUUUUGCGGACAAGUCCAAAGGAUGUAAAAGAAAUAUUUUCUGUUCUAAAAGAUAGUGCCGAUGAAGUCAGUGACAACAAUGCCACUGUAAAACAUCAGAUUACUUUCAGUCUUCUUUUUACUCUUGUGAUAUCAUUCAUAUCAGAUGGUUUGAAUACAGUGCCUGACAAAGCAUCGGUUCUGUCUUCUAAUGCCUCCUUUAGACGUGAAUUUCAUGAACUUGUGAUAGCUGCAGGAAAUGAUCCAAUUGUUGAUGGCUUUACUGGUGUCGUAAGGCUUGCUUGGUUGGUACAUUUAAUGUUAAUACAAGAUGGUAUUGUAGCAAGGGAAACUAUCUCAAGUGGCUCCUCAGAUGAAACGGGUUAUCUUAGCCAAUGCUUGGAAGUCAUAUUCUCGCAUAAUGUUUUUCAGUUUUUACUGGAUAAAGUUCUUCGUACUGCUGCCUACCAGAAUGAAGACGAAGAUAUGAUCUACAUGUACAAUGCAUAUUUGCAUAAGCUGAUUACCUGCUUCUUGUCUAAUCCACUUGCAAGGGACAAGAUAAAGGAAUCCAAGGAAUGGACUAUGAGCAUGCUUAGUUCAUAUCGAGUUGUUGGAUCACAUGACUUUUCACAGGACAGUAGCACAACUUCCCGUGGCACUGAAAUGAGCCCUUUACCAUUUAAUUCAAUCUUGGACUUUGUCAGUGAAAUUUAUAAGAAAGAACCAGAGCUCUUGUCUGGCAAUGAUGUUUUGUGGACGUUUGUAAAUUUUGCUGGAGAGGACCAUACGAAUUUCCAAACUCUUGUGGCUUUCUUGAAUAUGCUGAGCACCUUGGCUUCCAGUCAAGAAGGUGCUUCGAAGGUUUAUGAGUUGCUUCAAGGUAAAGCAUUCCGCUCAAUUGGGUGGAGUACUUUGUUUGAAUGCCUAACAAUUUACGAUGAGAAGUUCAAACAGUCUCUUCAAACUGCUGGAUCAAUGUUGCCUGAAAUUCAGGAGGGGGAUGCAAAGGCACUUGUGGCAUACUUAAAUGUCCUAAAGAAGGUUAUGGAAAACGGAAACCCAAUAGAAAGAAAAAACUGGUUUCCUGAUAUUGAACCACUGUUUAAGCUUCUUGGUUAUGAAAAUGUACCCCCUUAUUUGAAGGGCGCUCUGAGGAAUGCAAUAGUCACAUUUAUUCGUGUCUCUCCGAUGUUGAAGGAUAGUAUUUGGACCUAUCUUGAGCAAUAUGAUCUGCCAGUAGUUGUGGGGCCUGAUGUCCAGAAUAAUCCACAAUCUAUGGCUUCUCAGGUCUACGAUAUGCAAUUUGAACUCAACGAAAUUGAAGCAAGGAGAGAACAGUAUCCUUCAACUAUAUCAUUCCUUAAUUUGAUAAAUGCUCUUAUUGCUGAAGAAAGAGAUUUGAGUGAUAGAGGGAGAAGAUUUAUUGGCAUAUUCAGAUUCAUCUAUGACCACGUUUUUGGGCCAUUUCCUCAGAGAGCCUAUGCUGAUCCCUGUGAAAAAUGGCAGUUGGUUGUUGCUUGCCUUCAGCACUUUCAUAUGAUUUUAAACAUGUAUGACAUCAAGGAGGAGGACUUCGACGGUGUAGUUGAUCAGUCACGACUUUCAACAGCUAAAGAAACAUCACCAAUUCAGUUCCAGCUCCCUGUUUUAGAAUUGCUGAAAGACUUCAUGAGUGGUAAGACUUGCUUUCGGAACAUUAUGGGUAUUAUUCUGCAAGGGGUGAAUUCUGUCAUUGCUGAACGCAGUAGCCAAAUAUAUGGCCAGCUUUUAGAGAAUGCUGUGCAGCUUUCUCUGGAAAUAAUACUACUUGUCUUUGAAAAGGAUUUACUUCUUUCUGAUUAUUGGCGUCCCCUAUAUCAGCCCUUGGAUGUCAUACUUUCUCAUGAUCAUAAUCAAAUAGUGGCACUCUUGGAGUAUGUAAGAUAUGAUUUUCAGCCAAAAGUUCAACAAUCCUCAAUCAGAAUCAUGAGUAUUUUAAGUUCUCGCAUGAUUGGUCUUGUUCAACUCCUGCUAAAAUCUAAUGCUGCCAACAGCUUGAUAGAAGAUUAUGCAGCCUGCCUUGAGUUGCGGUCGGAAGAGUCUCAAACAAUUGACAAUAAUAAUGAUGAUCCAGGCAUUCUUAUUCUGAAACUUCUAAUUGACAACAUCGGCAGGCCAGCCCCUAAUAUUACUCAUUUACUACUUAAAUUUGACCUUGACAUGCCAGUUGAGCGGACGGUUCUACAACCUAAAUUCUAUUACAGUUGCAUGAAGGUUAUUCUUGAUAUCUUGGACAAACUUUUGAAGCCUGAUGCAAAUGCUUUGCUUCAUGAAUUUGGUUUUCAGCUCCUUUAUGAGUUGUGUGUAGAUCCACUAACAUGUGUACCUAUGAUGGAUCUGCUGUCGAAUAGAAAGUACCAAUUCUUUGUUAAGCACCUUGAUACAAUUGGUAUUGCUCCACUUCCUAAACGGAACAGCAACCAGCCUCUCCGCAUCAGUUCUCUUCAUCAGAGAGCAUGGUUAUUAAAACUUCUAGCUGUUGAGCUGCACGCUGGAGAAGUUAGUAGCUCAAAACAUAGAGAAGCAUGCCAGACAAUCCUUUCUCAUCUUUUUGGUCAAGGUAUAACUGAAGUUGAUGGACACCAAACCAUGUCCCCGUUUUCAUUUGAAGAUACUUUGGAAACUGCUGCUAUAAGAACUGUCAGCAAGAGUCAGGUGUUAGAAUUGCUUGAAGUAAUCCAGUUUAGAUGUCCAGACGCCACUACUAAGCUCUCAAAUAUUGUGUCUAGCAUGAAGUAUGACUUGAUGGCGGAAGAAAUACUUGGAAAUUCUGGAAAGAGUGGUGUCUACUAUUAUUCUGAGAGAGGUGACCGGCUAAUUGACCUUGCUACCUUUCAUGACAAACUUUGGCAGACAUACAAUUCUGCUCAUCUCCAGGUGAAUAAUAUUGGCAGUGAAGUUGAGCUAAAUGAUGUGAAAGAGAUAAUUCAACAGUUGCUGAGAUGGGGGUGGAAACACAAUAAAAAUCUUGAGGAACAAGCUGCUCAACUGCACAUGUUGACUGCCUGGUCUCAGGUUGUUGAGGUGUCCACUUCUAGAAGAUUAGCAAUGCUUGAAAAUCGAUCUGAAAUUCUGUUUCAGGUCCUUGACACAUCUCUUAGUGCUUCUGCUUCUCCAGACUGUUCAUUGAAGAUGGCAUUCAUACUAUCACAGGUGGCAUUGACUUGCAUGGCCAAACUACGAGAUGAAAGGUUUUUAUUUCCUGGCAGUCUGAGUUCGGAUAAUAUAACAUGCCUCGAUCUCAUUGUGGGAAAACAAUUAUCAAAUGGUGCAUGCUUGACCAUAUUGUUUAAGCUUAUCAUGGCUAUUCUUAGAAAUGAAUCGUCAGAAGCUCUUAGAAGACGCCAAUAUGCCUUGCUCCUUAGCUAUUUCCAGUAUUGCCAGAAUGUGGUUGAUCCAGAUGUUCCAACCACAGUUCUUCAAUUCUUGCUGCUUAAUGAACAAGAUAAUGAAUAUAUUGAUCUCCCAAAGAUUGAUAGAGAACAGGCUGAAUUGGCUCAUGCAAAUUUUUCUACUUUGAGGAAAGAGGCUCAGAGCAUCUUGGAUUUGGUAAUAAAAGAUGCAACCCAUGGCAGUGAACCGGGAAAGACUAUAUCUUUCUAUGUUAUUGAUGCGCUCAUUUGUAUCGAUCAUGAGCGAUAUUUCUUGGGUCAACUUCAAAGUAGGGGAUUUUUAAGGUCAUGCUUUACAGGCAUCGGCAAUGUUUCCAUUCAGGAUGGUGGUCUUUCACUGGACUCGUUGCAGAGGGCUUGUACGUUCGAGGCUGAGCUUGCUUUACUACUAAGAAUCAGUCACAAGUAUGGGAAAUCUGGAGCACAAGUACUAUUUUCCAUGGGCCUAUUGCAGCAUCUUGUUUCAGGAAGGGCAAUCAAUUUACAGGGAGUUGUUAGGUGGGUUGAGACAAGGCCUAGAAGAGAUGUUGCAGUGGAUGUUGAUAGACAAAGAUUGAUUGUAACCCCAGUCUUGAGAUUAGUUUAUUCAUUAACAUCCUUGGUUGACACAUCAGACUAUCUGGAGGUCAAGAAUAAAAUUGUGCGCGAAGUAAUUGAUUUUGUCAAAGGGCAUCAAUCAUUCUUUGAUCAUAUUCUACGUUUGGACAUGGUUGAAGUGGAUGAGUUGAGGUUGGAGCAGAUAAAUCUAGUUGUUGGUAUUCUUAGCAAGGUUUGGCCAUACGAAGAAAGUGAUGAGUACGGUUUUGUACAAGGACUUUUUGGUAUGAUGCAUGGUCUGUUCUCUCGUGACUCUAAGGUUCCUAAUUUUGUUGGAUCAAUUGGAUCAUCUGAGAACCAAAGGAAUUCGGAACUGCAUAUGUAUAAAUUAUGCUUCAACUUGAGCUCAUAUCUAUACUUUUUAGUCACCAAAAAAUCACUGAGAUUGCAGUUUUCAGAUGCCAUGUUGGGUUAUCCUUCUUCCGUGGAACUUCAACAACCCACAUUGAACUUACUUAAUUCUCUUCUUACUUCUGUAACAAGCGCACUUGAAAGGGCUUCUGAGGAAAAGUCUUUACUACUUAACAAGAUUCGGGACAUAAAUGAGAUGUCAAGACAGCAAGUGGAUGAGAUCAUCAAUAUGUGCAUCCGGGAAGACACACUUUCAUCUUCGGACAACAUACAAAAAAGGAGAUAUAUUGCAAUGGUAGAAAUGUGCCGAGUUGUUGCUGGUAGAGAUCAACUAAUCCAUUUGUUACUUCCACUCGCUGAACAUGUGCUAAAUAUCAUUCUCAUCCAUCUUCAAGAAUGUUCUGAUUCAAACUUGGUUACGAAAACAACUACCUAUAGUGCAAAGCAUGAUCCAAAACAAGACAUUGCUUUGUUAUGUGGAAAGUUAGUUCCAAAUCUUGAACGACUCGAACUGUUGAGUGAGGAUAAAGUAGGGCACCAUCUCAAAGUAUUUCGAAGACUAACAACUUCAGCAAAAGAGAUCGCAAUUCAAAAGUCAAUUUUGUAGAUAGAUACUAUUGCUGCUUGUACCGAUUGCUAGUGUAUCGUCACUUAGUGUGUCUAUAGAUAGUGUAAGUAAUCAGGCAGAUUUGUGUCUCGCACUCGGGUGAUGAUGCUAAAAUUUUGCUGAAUUAAGUAUAUAUUGCUUUUAGUUGUAGAAAUAUUUGUAUUUGUAUGGUUAUCAUAUAUUAAAUAGGUGCCAGAGAAAGGGUGGUUUCUGCCUUCAAUGUUGGUCACCUUCAAUACUUUCAAUCCAUUUAUAUUAAUUGUUACCAAGUUCAGAUGGAA